UAAAUUAUAUUUUUAUAACAAACUGUUAAUGUGAAUGCCCCAUAGUUACUACAAAUACAGCGCUUACAUAAAUUUUUCAACUGAAAACACGGCUCUCACAGCGAGAGAACGGUGAACCAAUUCACCCAAUCGUAACAGCGCGAGUGUUAACGUAACGAUCACGUGACAAGGCGCGUCUAACAACGGUGGCAGAAUUUAAAAGUGCAUGGGUUCGUGUUGUCAGCUCCGAAUUCUGUUGAGUUUCGUGUGACUCACAAAAUUCGUUGUUUUGGCUGUGUGCCCCGCAACAUUCUCUGUUUUUAUGAAUAGACGUCGUUGGUCUGCAGCGAAAUGAGCCAGCGUGAGACAAUGGACUGACCAAAAAUGACGUGCAAGGGCUAAUCCAGCAUUCAUCAGAAUGCACACAAAUAUGCGAAUUCCCUGCCUGGUGUUUCAAGCCGCACGGCAGGAUCAACACGCAAGCUGCGCUCGCCCACCAAGCGGCCAGCUGUGCCGGGCUUCGGUGGGCUUCGAAGAAGUGUCAGCACUACUGCCAUCAAAGAAAACCAGCGGGUCGGUGUUGCUGACCAACCCAAGAGGGCACGUCCUGGUGCAGCCAUGCCAGCGCCACUCGGCAGGUUGCAUCGGAAUGUCGCUAACUCUGCUCUCAACCUGGCAAGUGGAACCGCCAAUGGUGCACGGCCAAAAGGCGCAGCCACCAGUGGGGCACUGGCACCGUCCGCAGCAGGCAAGCGUAAGCCCUGGGAUCUGCAGGGCCGUCUACACGACCUUGAGGAGCGUAUGAAGAGCGUGACGGGCGAGAAGGAGCAGCUCAGCCAGCAGAGCACCAGCCGGCUGCAAGAGCUCGAGAAAAUCAAUGUUGAGCUUCAGGCCGAGCGGAACAAGAAUGCACAGCUGACCACAAGGGUCUGCGAACUCGAGUCUGCGCUCAGCUCGUCGGAGGCCGGAAAGCAGUCGGCCUGUGCGGAGAGGGACUCCUUGUCCCUGCAGCUGCGUUCAGCUACGCAGCAGGUGGCCACUCUGGAGCGAUCUCUCGCCGAUGCCACAGGAGCGCUCGCUGGUCUUCGAUGCGAGCGUACUGCCCUCAUGGCACAGCUGGAGUCCCUCGAGUCCCAGCGAUCAACGCUGGAAGCCGAGAGGGCACGGCUGGAGUCGUCCGUUCAUGAGCUCCGUGCCAGAGUGGCAGAGCAGGAGGAGCAGAUCAACGCCGCGGAGCUGGACCGCCGCAAGUUACACAACACCCUGCAGGAGCUCAAGGGCAACAUCAGAGUCUUCUGCCGCCUUCGUCCGCUGCUGCCGUCGGAGGCUGCUCCGCAGCAGCCAUUUUUGUUGCUGCCAGAUGACCGGACUGUCGAGGUGAUGCGGACAGACCCGGAGACGCAGCGGCAGACGGCUCUGACGUUUAGCUUUGAUCGAGUCUUCCCCGGUGUGGCCAGCCAGGGCGAGGUGUUCGCCGAGGUGUCGCAGCUGGUGCAGAGUGCCCUGGAUGGCUACCAUGUGUGCAUAUUCGCAUACGGCCAGACGGGGGCCGGGAAGACACACACCAUGGAGGGUCCCGCGGGCGAGCUUGCGCUCGAGGACGAACGGCGAGGCCUGAUUCCUCGUGCCCUUCACCAGGUCUUCGAGGAGACGUUGAAGCAGCCACACUGGACGUACACAAUGGUGGCCAGCUUCAUUGAAGUGUACAAUGAGACCCUGCGGGACCUGUUGGUGCCUCCAUCCCAGCUGCAGGCAUCUACACCGCUGCAGCUCAAGAUGGUACGCAAGGAUGGCCCCGUCGCUGUUGCUAACCUCACCGAGGUCGCCGUCACAUCAGCUGAGCAGAUCAGCCAGCUGCUACGGCGUGCACGAAAGAACCGUGCAGUGGCGGCUACCAAGUGUAACGAGCGGUCAUCUAGGUCGCACUCAGUGUUCCGGCUCGACAUCGUCGGCCACAAUAGCCACAGUGGCCUGGGUUGCCGGGGGCGGCUGAACUUGGUGGACUUGGCUGGCAGUGAGCGUCUGUCUGAGUCCCAGUCAGAAGGGGCGCGCCUACGAGAGGCGCAAAACAUAAAUCGAUCACUUGCCAACCUCGGCAAUGUCAUCCUGGCCUUGUCGAACCGGGCUGACCAUGUGCCAUACCGGAACUCUAAGCUGACGCACUUGCUGAUGGACAGCCUGGGUGGCAAUAGCAAGACAUUGAUGCUCCUCAACGUUUCGCCACGUGAAGAGAAUAUUAAUGAGACAAUCAACUCGCUCCGCUUUGCCACCAAGGUAAACCAGUGUCACAUCGGGACUGCAAGGAAAAACUUGUAAAAAGAAAGAACCAACAAGGCGGUCAAGAUAAACAUGAGCAAAUUUCUGCUGCCCCAACCUUCAUUACUUGCUUUUAAAUUUUGUAACUUCAUGCUCUGCAUCAUGAAUUUUAACGGCCUUUCUAACUUUUAUAACUUGAUGCUCUGCAUCAUGAAUUUUAAUGAUUGCAUACUGGUUUUUAAUGACAGUGCAAUAAUUUGCACAUACUAUAAAAAAAAAAUGUGAUGUGCACUGCCAUGAUUCAGAGAUAUGGCGCUAGAAAUGGGGUGUGUGCACUUUGCAUUUAAUAGCUUCGUUCAUAUGAGAUUUGUGUGUUCAGCAUGGAAAGGAAUACAUUGCCUGCCACCUAGCGUGUGACAUUGCUGAGCAGCUUGGCCGCACGCAAUUUACCGUUAACUUGUAGCUCAAGACCAUGGGGAAACUGUCUAUAAAUGAUGGCUGCGUGAGGAGUAGAUAUAUUGCAGUAAUGGAUAAUACCCUGGUUAGCCGUUCAUGGUGUCUUGCUAUUACAGAACUAUUGUGUACAGUUUGUCUUUGCUUUCCUUUUGCCCGCGUUUUAUAGGCAUGCAAGCAUUCAAAUUGCUGCUGUCUCACGGGCUGCAAGAUAUCUAGGCUUUUGCAUUUCAUGAGGGCAUGAACAGCGACUUGUCAUGUACAAUGUAAAAAUUCCUCGAAGUGUGUGUUUUAACAUGGUAUACAUGUUAUACUGACAAUAACAUAAAACCUUUUGCUGUGACACUGCACAAUACCCUGAAAGUGGGUUGCAAAGUGGCACACCAUACUAGCCUCUUCUUUGGGCACAACAGCCGGCAGUUUGUGUUCCAUUUUGGUUGUCGGGCCACGUUGGCGAUUUCCAACAAAUGUGUCGGCGAACAACUUGUGUCAUUUGUAGAAGCUUAGAUCUGCCCUCCAAUGGCACUGGGGCUGCUGCCCCUUUGUGAAGAAUUUUUUACCUUUGUUUUAUCGUGGAAAAUUUUUAAUGUGGACUGGAUUAAAACUUCCUGGCCUAGUUCACCGCGUGGCUAAUUAUG